AUGUCUUCACCAGAGUCAAAGUCUGAUUCGUCGCUGGAUGUCUCGUUGCUAAAGGAAAUCGCCAAAAAGGACCUAAUCAAUGCGCUGAACUCUGUAAAUGGGGCCAAAACGCUGGCGUUGGACUCUGCGCUUGCAGGACCUCUCGGACUAGUGACUGAAGUCGCUUUGCUCAAACAACAUGGAGUAGACAAGAUGUUCUGGCUCGAACCGGGCCCUCUGACGUCCAACACAACCAACAUCGUCUAUCUUUGCCGUCCAAAGAUAAAGUAUGUGAAGAUUAUUGCAGAUCAGAUUAAGCGGCACGUCAAGGAAUCGAGGAAGCAUACAUAUACCCUUCUUCUAGUUCCCCGUGUCUCGACGUUGGUGUCACGUAUACUGGAAGAGGAAGGCGUGUUGGGAGAAGUCACUAUCUCAGCAUUCAACCUGCAGUUCAUCCCACUUGCGGACGAUGUGAUUUCUCUCGAACACGACAAUGCAUUCAAGGAACUUUGGGUCGAUGGUGACGAAACAAUCGUGUUCGACUCCGCACAGGCCCUCACUUCUCUGCAAAAGCUUUUCGGACCUUUCCCGCAGAUACGGCUUGCAACCCUGCUCGCGAGACAGAGCAGGCUGUCGUCCUCGAGCACUGAGCCAGUGCUCUCCUCUUCGGCCAAUAUCGACUCGUUGAUCGUUUUAGACCGUCGCGUUGACUUGAUAACACCGUUGCUCACCCAACUGACAUACGAAGGCCUCAUAGAUGAACUGAUCGGGAUCCGCAAUUCACAUGUCGAACUGCCUGCUUCCUUGGUAAACCCGCCUGCUCCGAACGCUCCUAAUACCGCUUCUGGCUCAGCAUCGACUUCUGCAGCUCCAAUCGUCAGCGUGAAGAAGGAUGCUAAGAAGAAACACCACCUAACUGCCUCAACUGACCCCCUCUAUGCGGAAUUACGAGACCUGAAUUUCUCGUCGGUGGGAAGGAAACUGAAUACCGUUGCUCGCCGAUUGGACGAAGAUUACAAAACCAACCUUCAGGCGAAAUCUGUUGCUCAAUUGCGCGAUUUUGUCGGUAAACUAGGAGGACUACAGACAGAGCAUCAAUCACUUCGCCUUCAUACUGGCCUAUCGGAGCUCAUCCUCCCUCUCACACGGACUGAGGUAUUCAACAAAUCUUUGGAGAUUCAACAAAACCUUCUGGCCUCGUAUGAGACUACUGCGCAGAUCUCCGCUAUCGAAGAGCUUAUUGCACAAGGAGCCGACCUCCAGAUCGUGAUCAGGCUUCUGUGUCUGGCAAGCAUCACAAUUGGCGGAAUCAAAGCAAAGACAUUGGAUAAUAUUAAACGCGAAAUCUUGCAGACAUAUGGUUAUGAACAUCUGCCGAUGCUUCUUUCUCUUGCGUCGCCCUCCGUGUCCAUGCUCGUCCCAAAUCCGCUCCCACCAUCAGCCCCUGCUGUUCCUAAAUACCCCUUUUCCUCCCUCCGAAAGUCGCUCCGAUUAUUGAUUGACGACAACCCAGAGGCUCUUGAGGAGGUCGAAAACGACAUCAGUUUUGUCUAUUCCGGAUGGGCACCUCUCAGUAUACGGUUGGUUCAGUGCGUGGCACAGAAGGGCGGGGUUUUGAGCAAUCCUGCCGAGAAAGAGCAGACCGCAGACGAACAAAGCAAAUCCUCGAUUGGAAAAGUACAAGCCCAUCCCAUAGUGGGAUGGAAGGGAUUUGAGGACAUUGUCGCAACCAUACCUGGACAGACUGUGGAAGCCGUCCAACGAACUUUUGAGGACACUGGGCCUGGAAAUUCUCCCAUGUCUACGGGCUCACCAUUAAGAGAACAAACGAGUACCACUGUGGUCUUCUUCUUGGGCGGUUGUACGUAUACCGAGAUCGCUGCUCUUCGAUGGGUCGGCCGUCAAAACAAGGGCCGAAGGUUCUUAAUUGCGACUACGGGGAUAAUUAGUGGUGCUAGCCUCGUCGAAGGCAUAGCAACAGCACCCACGACAGAACCAAAGGUCGGAGCUGCCUAA